AUGGCGCAAGACACCAUCGAAACAACACCCUCUCUCUCCGACCUCAUUCAGUUUCGGUCCACGAAUCUUUGGAGACCUAGUAAUGUUCAUGACGCACCAAGCAGUCCAAAAAUACUUCACCGAAACACACAGCGAAUACAAUCAACCCGAUGUAUUAAGCAUGCAAUGGCAAUUUUCCGUCUACUCUUUCCAUCCAUCGCUACACUAAGUAUCAAGGAUAUUCAUCUCGGAAAAUACUCUUCCACUACCCUCUUAACCAUCAGUCAAAAAGGGAAAGAAUGCAUGAUGGGUUUUAUGAACCUCACAAACCUCUCCCACACCCAAGGCUAUUCCUUCCCCGUUCCCCAGACCCUGCACCCCUCACCCCCUCCAGCAUGCAUCCCCGACCUCACCACCAACACCUCUCCGCACUGGAUCUCCUACCAAACCCCCUACCACCCCUCCUCCCUCCGACGGGUGCACUCCUAUCCUAAAUUUUUCGUCCCCCUCUCCCCCCAACCCCCCAGUCUCCGCGAUCAAUGGCUUACCCCCACCCAUCCCUUCACGCGCUUCACAAACGAAACCCUCAGUUUCCUUCUCGACAUCUCCUUUCCCAUCCUCGAUAAUUUUUACCCGGAAAAAGCGUCGGGAGGACAGGCUGCAACGGUGCAAGUGGGGUUAGCACAGAAGAGAGAGCGAGAAAUGGGUGUUGCGAAGAAUGUGGAUGUAGAGUCCGGGUCGUACCGGGCUCCCGCGAUGAUUACUUCUCUGGCGACGAGUAUUGAGAUUAAGAAAUUGUUGCCGCCAGGAGGAUCGAAGUGGUUGUUUAUGAGAGCGCAGGCGAAAGAGAUUAAAGAUGGGAGAUUGAGUAUGGAAGUUAUGGUGUUUGAUGAGGGGAUGGAAUUGGUAGCGUUGAGUCGACAACUUUGUCCGAUUAUUGAGUUAUCAAGAGCUAUGGCAAAUAAGCAGAAGCUUUAG